ACAGUGCCCACACUUUAGCUAAUCAGCUUCAGUUAACAAUUCAUUAUCUCAUCAUAACAACACAACAGGAAACUGCUCAUGUCAAUUAGUACAACAUUCUAUCAAAGAUACAGAGCCAUUGAUUUCUUCUUGUUAUUCAGGGUGUGUGCCAUGUUUUCACAAUCACAAAUCAUCUGGCACUCUGGAAAUGAAUAACUUACAAACGAUGCUGAUAAACAAUAAGAAAAGUACACUUUGAGCUUCUGAGACUAACGUCAACAACAACCAUGGACAAAUUAAAUGUUAAAAAUGCUGUUCAACCAUACUAACAAGGUCCUCAGAGUGAAAACAAAAUCAAGUAUAGUACAUGUAGCUGCAUUCAAUUAAUAUAAAAUGACAACUGAAAAAUAAUGAGAAAUAACUACCCACAAUGUGUCAUUUAUAAUGGAUAAGUUGAAAGAUGAAUGUGCAGGCCACUAACAGAAAAAAUAUCCCCACUGCAUCAAGAAAGAAAUAACUAAGUUUGUCCCAAUUGGCCAAAGAUUUUAAUUGAAUAGGCCUACAUUUUGGUCUUUUUUUGCUUUUUGUUUGGCUUUGUUGUUUUGGGGGGUUGGGAAUGGGGUGGCACUCAUUCUAAAAUAAAUUGGUCUUGGAAAAAGUCCACGAAAGGUAAAAUUCAACAUUUUUCAGAAUGGUGUAUCAAGAUAAUGCCACAGUCACGGUGAAGUCCAAGCACUUAAAACCAAAAUGCUGGGCCUGAGUUAAUUAAAAUUUUUGAUGACACGUGAUAAUAUCUUCCAUCUUAUACUCUUCUACAAUGAUACUUUGUCACAAAUCUAUAACAGCUCAAGGGACAGACCAAGAACCAAAUUAUUGGGAAGGGACAGCUUGUUUUUUGAGGGGGCCAAAAAUAUUGGAAUUUUUUUAUGUAACCCUUUUUGGCCUUUCUGAGGGGUGAAGUUGCAUUUUGGAGGCUUUUCACACACUUUUGGAAGAGAAUUGAAAUUGACCACAAAAAUCCUCAAUGACUCGGCAACAAAAGGCAAUAUGUAUGUGUAAAACAGUGUAUCCAGCUUUUGGUGUUGGGGGCAAAUUUGCAUUUUUCAGGCAAAAUACUUUACAGGGUCAAAACCUGGGUGGAACAUUUUUGGAACUUUUUGUCUAGCUACCCUUUUAUGCUCCAAUUGUAAGGCACUGGUGCAUAAUGUAUGGAAUGAGCCCACAUUUCCAAUAACAAUGCAUACAGUGCAGGGGAUACCAAAGGGUUGAAAGAGCCCCAAAAAAAGUUGGGGAAAAAGAAACGAUAUUUCUUUACCCUCAGCCCCCGACAGACUGCUCACUGAAGUUGGCUUGUUAUAGUGUACGUGAUGCAGCCUUGUCCUGAUAUAGCAUCAUGCCCCAAUAUAUCCAAUCCCCAUGCGGUGAUUGUGAUGGUAGGACUUCCUGCUCGAGGAAAGACCUAUAUCUCCAAGAAACUUACCCGCUACCUCAACUGGAUUGGUGUCACAACCAAAGUCUUCAAUGUUGGAGAGUAUCGGCGUCAGGCUGUUGGGAAACCAAGUAAUCAUGACUUUUUCCGACCAGACAACAAAGAAGCUCAAAUAAUAAGACAACAAUGUGCCAUGAUGGCUCUAAAGGAUAUGGCCAAAUGGUUUGAAACAGAUGGUGAAGUGGCGGUGUUUGAUGCCACCAAUACAACAAGGGAAAGGAGAAAACUUAUCAUGGAAUUCUGCAGUCAACGAUGUUACCAGGUCUUCUUUGUGGAAUCCAUUUGUGAUGAUCCUAAUGUUGUUCAGUCCAACAUUGAGGAAGUCAAGCUUGGCAGCCCAGAUUACAAGGACAAAGAUAAGGAAGAAGCAAUUAAUGAUUUCACUCGGAGAAUAGACCACUACAAGGACUCUUAUGAGCCUCUGGAUGAGACUCUAGAUAGGGAUGUUUCCUUCAUCAAGAUCAUCAAUGUUGGGGAACGAUUCUUGGUCAACAGGGUCAGAGGUCAUCUACAGAGUCGCGUUGUAUACUACCUCAUGAAUAUUCAUGUUAUGCCAAGGACAAUUUACCUAACAAGGCAUGGUGAGAGCCAACUCAACCUGCAAGGAAGGAUAGGUGGAGAUUCGGACCUGUCAGAGAGGGGGUGGCAGUACAGCAAAGCUUUGGCCAAGUACAUGUCUGGUCAGAAUUUGUCAAAUCUCAAAGUAUGGACCAGCAGGUUGAAGCGUACCUAUCAGACAGCGUCUAGCACUGAUGCACCAAUAGAGCAGUGGAAGGCACUGGAUGAGCUUGAUGGGGGAGUGUGUGAUGGAAUGACGUAUGAUGAAAUUCAGGAGAAGUACCCAGAGGAAUUUGCAUUACGUGACCAGGACAAAUACCACUAUAGGUACCCCAUGGGAGAGUCAUACCAAGACUUGGUCACAAGAUUAGAGCCCGUCAUCAUGGAGCUGGAGAGACAGAAGAACAUUCUUGUAAUUUGCCAUCAGGGUGUUAUGCGGUGUCUCCUUGCGUACUUCCUUGACAAAAGCUCAGAAGAGCUUCCAUAUCUGAAAUGUCCUUUACACACAGUCAUCAAACUCACACCAGUGGCUUAUGGGUGUAAAGUGGAAACAAUCUCUCUCAGUGUGAAAGCCGUAGACACACAUCGUGCCAAGCCAGAGAACUGUGACAUUGAGAGAUCAGGUGAUGAAGCUUUAUCCACAGCUCCUCCUUAUCCCAACAAAGAGAAGAUACCAGAGAGCAAUGGAGAGGAAGAUGAUGUCUUCCAGGAUGCAAGAACCUCCUUGAAUAGUGAUUCUAAGGAGUAUAGUAUCAUUGCAGGAAGCGUCAGUUAGACAAGUGGAUGUCAAAUAUCUGUUUUCUCUUUUUAGCAUGAUUACAGGAGAGUAGGUUCUGUUGCUCUCGCAUCAUAGCUCAAUUCCCACCUUGGUUGCUGAUAAUUCCCAUCUCUCUACCGUCCCACUAAGAGUACCGGUGGGUAGAGCAUUGUAGGUUAAGACGCCAUGGUGCAAAACAAGUGAUUCAAGAUUUGCUGUAAGUUAAAAUCUUGGCCUUUUGGCUAGGAUCACAAGGAUUGUAUGAAUUCAGGGACAGGUGGGCCCUCUACAGAUCGGAAGGAGGUACAUCAGUUUGUCCUUUCAUGGGGCAUGAAGUCUUUUUCCUAAUUCCAAUUUUUGAAUUCCCAUCAGAAAUCCAUACAGAAAGUAGUACUGUACCUUCAUUGUGUGAAGUUCUGUUUAUGUUAUGCUGGCCAUAUUUGACUUAAAACGCUCUGGUUCUCAUCCGGAAUUUAUACUGGAAGUAUAAAAAUCAAACAAUUGUGGCUGAGGUGAUGUUUCAUGUCAUAAAUCAAUGAUUUGGUUGAUUUGAAUCUUGUUUAGAUCAGAGACUUUGUCAUUGACUGCUGUACCUAAAAAUUGUACUUCAUGAGACUUUGUGUGUACUCUAACAAGAUACAUCCCUUCACUAACAAAGAAGACAUUAAGUGGGUUGGAAAAAUGUCAACUUUGCACACCGUUUACAUAGGAAGGCUGUACAUAUCAAGAGAAAUUGGUCGUGUGUUCAGCAUGCCCUGCAUUAUAUGCAUGAACCUGUGCACACUUGUGAUAUUUUGGAGCGAAACAGAGAUGUCUUUCAUAUCACGAGAGAGCUAUAGGUUGGACCUCUUUGAGGGGAAAAUUAUGGGCGUGUCACUUGGUAACAUUUGGGAGGAUGUGUAAUUAUCUUACAGAAAUAAAAUUUUAAAAAUUAAGAAUUUCUGGCAUCUUUGUCUGGACGACUUGAGUAAAAAAUGUUUAAAUUGGUUUCAGUGAUGUAGAUGUUAAUUGUCACGAGCAGUCCUUUGUUGAAAUACUUAAACUCAAGACCAUGACUUUAUAUUUUGUAAUAUGAAUUAAGUUAUUGAUUUGGAUAUUUAAUUAAUGAAGUGUGUUGUUUGGUACAUUUACAAAAGCGUCCAAAAUUUCAGAAAAAGCAUGUUUCUCUCAUUUGUAACAUAGGAAGGUGUGUCUAAGUUUCUAUUCCUAGAUGUACACAUACAUGUUUGGAAUUUUAAAAGAAUUUUAAAAGAUUCCUGUCCAGGAUUUUCCUAAUCUAGCUUAGGGUUAAUUGGUUUCUCUGAAUGUCUAUUUGCGAUGAGUGGGAGAGUUUUUAUCUAGCCUGGAGGCUGUAGAUAUUUCAUUCCAACUAUUUCUGUGGGUGUCAGUCCUUAUGUCAUUGGGUUGUUCCACAGAAAUGUAUUUGUCUUGUAAGCUUUCUUUUACCGUACCAUUUGCACAGAGACUAAUGCGUGUAAUAUGUUCUCACAUUUGUUGAUGUCUAACAGGUGCUUCCAGGCAGGGACUGUGUUUUACAGAUGAUUUCUGUUGAUAGAAAAACUUGGACCGCAUUGCGGGUUUGUCCUGUAACUUUUUUUGGUGCACAAAAAAUUCAGUUAAUGACAUGGUCUUUACAACUAGCCAACAAACAAGUGUGUGUGAAGCUCAUGAGCUACCCUUGUUUCAGCCCUUGGAGAAAGUUAAUUAAUUGUUGUAUCUGGAAAUAGCAUGUGGGUUGAGGGGAGGGGUCUGAUGGGGAGUGGU